AUGAGUUUGCAAAGUUUUCCCAGGGUGGAUCGAUAUAAAGCUCUUUUGAAUGAGGAACUACAAAAGAAUGGGUCGACAUCUCGGCUGACAUUUUAUAGAGAUCUCCCAAAGCCUUCCAUAUCUAGAACCACGACUAUCCAUGUAGUGAACGUGGACUCGGAGGAAAGAGACGAGGAAGUCUUCCUAGAGGAAGAAGAAGAAUCAAAUGAGGUAUACUUGGCUGAAAUCGUGGUCAGCAGACUACACGUACAUAAGGCUUUGUCCAAAGCCUCCAAGGAUCAGAGGCCGACGACGGUCCACAUUGCUAAAUUUAGCAAAACCUCACAAAAGGGAGUCGGAACCAAGUUCUAUACCUUUGACAUUUCGAAAGCCGAACUAAUCUUAGACUAA